AUGAGCACCAUUGCUGAGCGUGAAGAUCCAGUGAAGGAGCCUCAGGGGCAUGGAAAUACCGCAUUUGAUGCCAGCAGCAGCAGUCUGCUAGCUGCCACUAAGAGCAGCGACGAUGGUGACAACACAAGCGGGUGCAACGGCAUUGGUAAACGAGGUGUUACAAGCGAGGGUUAUGUCGGCGCUACAGACUCUGCUGUAGUGGUGGGUAACACAAACGGUGAUGGCAGUACAUACAUUUUGUAA